GGGCGAUAGUAAGGGUUUCCGGUUUCUGGUCCACAUGGAAUCACUGGGAGGUGGAGGAGAGGGAAGAGGUGGAGUAGGAGUAGGAGAAGAUUCAUGUGAGGGAUGUGGAGCAGCAGAAGGAGAAGGAGGGGGUGUUAGUGAGCGAGAGCCCGAAGCACGAGGUGGUGGUCGUCCCCGUGAGGUUGUAGCAGGAGAUGGUGGUGGUUGUCGUUCCUAUGGUGUUGAGGGAGAAGGAACAUCUUGUGGGAGAGAUGCCUGUGAGGUUAGGGGAGAAGGAGGUGAUAGUCAUUAUCCCUGUGAGAGUGAUAGAGAAGGAAGUCAGUUUACGGCAGUGGUAAAAGGAGAAAGGAAAGGUGGCCCCCAUGGAAAUGGAGGAGAAGGAGAAUGUCGCUCUGAGGUAAGAUUUGGGAUCACCAUCGGGUUUCCCAAUGAGGUGGUUGGGAUUCAGGCUGGAUGGGGCAGUAGUAAGAAAGAGUUUGGAAGUGUGGAACUCAGUGAGGACGACCAGGGGAUUCACAGUGACAGAAGGGAUGUUAGUAAGGAAGGUUUCAGGCUGCCCAGUCAGCAAGAGCAGCAGAGCUGGAUGGAGCAGGCAUUGAGCACGGCAAAAGGGGCUCUGGAGAAUGGUGAGGUGCCUGUCGGAUGUCUGAUGGUUUACCACAAUGAGAUUCUAGGACAAGGGAGGAAUGAAGUCAAUGAAACCAAGAAUGCUACACGACAUGCGGAGAUGGUUGCCAUUGGCUAUGUCUUGGAGUGGUGUCGCCAGAAAGGCAGGAGGUGGCAGGAAGUGUUUAAAGCCACAGUGCUAUACGUCACUGUGGAACCAUGUAUCAUGUGCGCUGCAGCCUUGCGACUGCUGAACAUUCCACUGGUUGUGUAUGGCUGUCGGAAUGAGCGUUUUGGAGGCUGUGGUUCAGUGCUGAACAUUCCCGCAGAUGAUUUACAACACACUGGAGCACCCUUCCAGUGCAUAGGCGGAUACAGAGCUGAUGAAGCAGUGGAGCUGUUAAAGACUUUUUACAAAGCUGAAAACCCCAAUGCACCAAAAUCAAAAGUGCGGAAGAAGGAAUAAGCCCUGCCAUAUCGAUCCUACAGCUGUGAAUCAUUCAGGGUUUGUUUAAAAGACAAACACUUGGCCAAGAAGUUCAGUGUUUAACAUAAACUGACUGGACAGUGGAAAUGAAUAACCAGUCCAUGUCGACUGAGCCAAGGGAUGCUCGCAGAGAAACAAUGACAGUAAUUGUAGACAGCAGCGAGACACCUCACACCUCUCUGUCUCGCUAACAGCCUCACCCUCCUGGUGUGCUUGCCAAGUCUGACAGCAUUUUGGGAUGGCCUGUGUGUUGCACAAUUGUCUCACUCCCUGCCUUUCAUUCAGGAUUGAGAAUCCCACGUGGGGUUGAAGGUGUAAGCAUGUUCUUCUAUUCCUGGAAUUUCAGUGCAUAAGAGUUGCUGUGACAUUUCUUGAUGCAAAGGUAAACUUAUUUAUUUCAUGUAAUAUAUAAAUUAUAAAGCUCAACAAACUACAAGUGAACAAAAA